AUCCUCGAAAAAAAUCUUCAGAUUUUGGCACUCCAGUUUUGAUAGCAUCAAGUUUUAUGUUAUCGUUUUCUAGCGAAACUUAGUGUAAAAUGCCGUUCCAUUACUCAUAAAGCACACUAGGAACCACUCCCAAUUGCACCGAGCAUACAGCAUAGUGAAAAUUGAUUCAGUUUGUGUUGGCUUUUGUGACAAAACAGAAAGAUCCAGAUUUUGGAUCAGCAGAGCAAGGAUGACCUCCGGAAGCUAUGAUUCAACAAUCAUUAGCACGGUCACGCAAAAAUUUCGAGAAGACGAAUCAGUUCUGGCGAUUUUCGAAGCAUACCAAAUCCUUGGAAACAAUCACCAGAAUCAACUGCUGGUCAUCGCCAGUUCCAAUACUACAUCAGCGCUGUUUGCCUUCUCCAUAGUGCGCUACCCGCCGGAGAGCAUUUCCGACUUGACUGUCAUUGCCGUUUAUCCGGUUGAUGACACAUUUUGGAUUAAUCCAGAUUCCGGUGGUCAUGGAUCCAUUUCGAGCUCUCAGUUUACGAUCUUCUCAAAUAAUGAACCUACGGUGUACUACUACCAAGGGUCACGGGAUGCCAUUGCUUCGCGGGAUAAUUUCAUCAGCAAACUGAAGAGUCAGAUUUCCACCUAUAAAACUCGCUCGUCGGAGAAAGCUGCCGUUACCUUUCCGCUGGAUUUCGCAUGGUUGGACUACUACAAACGGGCCGAUAUGCUGCUGAUCGACCGUAGCAUAGCGGAAGGGAGCCAAGCACCCAAGUCGAGGGAUUCCAAAUUCAAGGAGGAAUUGGAACGAAGACGGCACGAGUACAUCGUUUACGAGCCGUACAAGAUCUAUACGGCUACGUGGAAUGUGAACGGGCAAACAUCGGAGGACAUCGAAUUGCCGGAGUGGCUGUCGACUACGGAAGAUCCGCCGGAUAUCUAUGCGGUCGGAUUUCAGGAAAUCGAAUGGACGCCGGAGAAGAUUAUCAUGAAUGAGACCAAGAUCGAUCGGACGUGGGUCGACAAAGUAAUGAGCGGCCUUCAUAAAAGUGCAGUUUACGUAGAAGUUGCAUCGGUUCGUUUGGUAGGAAUGAUGCUAACGGUGGCAGUAAAGAAAUCGUUACGUGAUCGAAUUUCCGACUGCCUAACGGCUGCUGUUGGGACAGGAACAUUGAAAUGGGGCAACAAAGGAGGAGUGGGUGUAAGCUUCCAAAUGAAUGAGGCUUUGCUGUGCUUCGUCAAUACCCACUUGGCUGCCCAUACUCAGGAAGUGGAUCGACGAAAUGAGGACCAUGACGAAAUCAUCCGAAGGAUGUCGUUCGAGAAGACAUUUCGUGGACGUUCGAUCAAUGAACAUCAUCACAUAUUCUGGAUCGGUGAUUUAAACUACCGGCUCACCGGAGACACCACACAGAGAAUGGUAAACGAUAAUGAUCGUGACUAUAACCAGCUGUACCGCCAGGAUCAACUAUACCAGGAGAAGCUUAGGUUGCGCAUCUUCCGAGAUUAUAAAGAGGGUAAAAUAUUAUUCGCACCCACGUACAAGUACAAUCCGGGGACGGACGAAUGGGACAGCAGUGAGAAGAGCCGGUGCCCAGCAUGGUGUGAUCGGAUUCUCUGGAAGGGGAGCCGGACGGAGCAACUAAAGUACGACAGUGUGAUGCAGUUGAGGAGGAGCGACCACAAACCGGUGUAUGCGGUGUUCAAAGUCGAUAUUGAAACAAAGGAUGAUCAAAAGUUCAAGAAGGUUCACGAAGAAGUACUGAAAACAGUCGACAAGUAUGAAAACGAUAACCAACCACAGAUAACGGUCGAGCAAACGGAUUUGGACUUUGGUUUGAUCCGUUUCAACGAAAAGUAUUCCCGAGAGCUAUUGGUGGCGAACAAUUGCCACCUGCCGGUGCAGUUCAGUUUUUCCGCCAAGGACGAGCGCUACAGCCACGUGUGCGAAGACUUUAUCCACAUCAGCCAUAAAUCUGGUGAACUAAUUACCGGUGAUAGCCUUACCAUACGGAUAGACAUACUGGUCGAUGCGAAAGCCGCUUCGAAGAUGUUGAAAAAGCUGAAGGAUGCCAAGGCCGGAGUGAAGAUUCCGCUGGAUAUACUGGUGCUGCACGUGAAGAAUGGACGGGACAUUUUUAUCACCAUUUUUGGCGAGUACAAAUCCAGCUGCUUCGGGGUGUCGCUGGAAACGUUGAUGAAGCUGAAUAAGCCGGUUUUCGAGUACGAGAUCAACGAGUUGGUUGCAUUGGCGAAGGAAGAGAGGCUCGUUGAUUUGACAGACGAUGGCAAUCUGAAAAUUCCACGAGAAAUCUGGAGAUUGUUGGAUUAUUUGUACAACGUACGCUGUUUGGACUUAUCACAGCUAUUUAUGAAUCGCGAUUAUGGCAAACAUGAGAACAUUGUGGAGAUUCGGGACUGGCUGGACAGUUGGUCAUCGGCACCGUUUCCUGGAACACCGAAAACUGCGGCAGAAGCGUUGCUUAUUCUUUUAGAAUCUCUUCCAGAGCCAGUGGUUACCAUCAGCGAGAAGGAAUGUAUCUUAAAUGCAGAAAACUACGAGCACUGUCAAAGGCUUAUUCGGCUAAAGCUAAAACCAGUCAACCGGGUGGUGUUUUUGUACAUUUGCUCAUUCUUGAUCGAACUGCACCGGAAAAACUCAAACGUUCGAUUGAACGAUCUGGCCACCAUCUUCGGUCGGGUGUUGAUUCGAAGUCAGAUUGCUCCGGGCACUGACCCGUACGCUUACGCCGAGGGGUUACGAGAUCAGAGACAACGCUUCAUGAUGACCUUUUUUAACAAUAAAAUACAGGAAUUUGCUCGAGCGGUAAUGAAUGGCGUUGGAAAGUAGGAAUUUUAUAAUGUAGCUAUCGUAAAACUGGGGUGUCUGAAUGUAAGGGACGAUCGUACUUUGUAGGUAUGCAUGUUGCGCGCAAAGCAAUAUUUGUACUAAAGGUGUAACAUGAACAAAUGGAUACGUUAACUUAAUAACGGGAGAUCAGGUUGAGUGUCUGAUUUUUCGACAGAACCAUAUUAUGUAUUUAUAGUUGUCAGUCUGUAAUCGUGUAAAAUAGUGGGAACGCAAAAGUAGCAUCUACAAAUGGUAAAGUAGAGAAAGAAUCAAGCAUGAAUAAAUAAUAGCGGAUUUUACCGUUA